CCUCUGAUCUCCUUCAAAAACCAAUCAGGCCGGAUCAGCCAGGCGUUGAUUCUCCCUCCGUCCCUCCUACACCUUUUCCAGAGGCCCAAUGGCCUUGUCCCUUUGGGAGAUUGACUAGAGUCACAUGAGCUGCACCAAGGGCAGGUAACUCAGGAGAGGGGAAGGGGAAGAGGGAAGGAAAAAAAAAAAAGAGAGAGAGAGAGAGGAAAAAAAAAAAAACCCCAAGCCCAGACUGAGCUUCUGCCAUGAUGUCAGAGGGAAAGAAAGCCACAGCUUGCUAAUUUCACCUCCCAAUCGGCCCCGGGAAGGAGAUCACCGGGAACAGUUGUUUCCCCCUGUGGUCAUGACGGCUUCGCACAGUGACUCUUUGGUGGUGUUGUUUGGGGCAACAGCUGGUGCAUAUGGGGCUAAACUGGGUUCGGAUGAGAGGGAACUAAUUCUCUUGGUGUGGCAAGUUGUGGAUCUACAGAACAAGAAGGUAGGGACACUACACAAAUCCCUGGUGAAAGCAGACAACUUGGACUUAAGUGACCAGUGUCGCGAAGUCAGUGGCUUAACUCCAGAGGGACUGGGCAAAGCUGAACCACUGGACCGGGUUCUUCAACAGUUUAGUCAGCUGGUAUCCAGUGAUUUGAAAGUACUUGGAAGGAGCUCUUACACACUCUGCAGUGAUGGCCAGUUACUCAUCCGACAAGUUCUCCACCCGGAAACAUCCAAGAAGAACUUCUUGUUGUCAGACUGCUUCUAUUCCUUUUAUGAUCUACGCAAAGAAUUCCACACUUGCUACCCUAGUUCAGCCGCCGUGAAAGAUCAGACUAUCAAGACCAUGGCAGAAUAUCUAGGCUUAGGGACAGAUGAAGCAGAGGAGGACUUCGGCGUGUGGCAAGUGAAGACCAUGGUGGCUAUAAUUUUCAGCAUGCUUUCAGAAGGUUGUAAUCACGUAUUUACUGAGCCUGAAACUGUGAAACACAAGUAUGAAACAGGUCCUUGUAGUAAAUCUGAAACUGUGGACAGUGAGACAGUAAUACGUGCCAGAGGUUUGCCAUGGCAGUCUUCAGACCAGGAUAUCGCUCGAUUUUUCAAAGGACUCAACAUUGCCAAAGGUGGUGUGGCUCUUUGCCUGAAUUCCCAAGGAAGAAGAAAUGGGGAGGCUUUGGUUCGGUUUGUCAAUUCUGAACAGAGAGACCUUGCCCUGGAGAGGCACAAGCAUCACAUGGGUAGCAGAUACAUUGAGGUUUACAAGGCAACUGGGGAAGAAUUCUUAAAAAUUGCAGGAGGCACCUCCAAUGAAGUGGCCCAGUUCUUAUCCAAGGAGAAUCAAGUUAUCAUCAGGAUGAGAGGCCUUCCAUUCACUGCUACCCAGGAAGAUGUCUUGGGGUUCCUGGGGCCAGAGUGCCCAGUCACAGGAGGGAAAGAGGGACUUCUCUUUGUCAAGUACCCAGAUGGCAGGCCCACAGGAGACGCAUUUGUGUUAUUUUCCUGUGAAGAAUAUGCACAGAAUGCACUUAAAAAGCACAAAGAAAUACUUGGAAAACGUUACAUUGAACUCUUCAGGAGCACAGCAGCAGAGGUCCAACAGGUACUUAAUAGAUACAUGUCAACACCUCUUAUUCCAACUCUUCCAACUCCCAUCAUUCCGGUCAUCCCCCCACCGUACACCAUUGCCACGGGCAGCGUCCGCGACUGCGUGCGCCUCAGGGGUCUUCCCUACACUGCUGGCAUUGAUGACAUCUUGGAAUUUAUGGGAGAUGCCACGGGGGAUAUCAAGCCCCAUGGAGUUCACAUGGUCCUUAAUCAGCAGGGACGACCGUCAGGUGAUGCUUUUAUCCAAAUGAAAUCUGCUGACAAAGCCUUUAUGGUGGCUCAAAAAUGUCACAAAAAAAUGAUGAAGGACCGUUAUGUGGAAGUAUUCCAGUGUUCUGGAGAGGAGAUGAACUUUGUUUUAAUGGGUGGCACUUUAAAUCGUAGUGGCUUAUCCCCACCGCCAUGUAAGUUACCAUGUCUUUCUCCACCAGCUUAUGCUGCUUUCCAAACAGCAGCUGUGAUCCCAGCAGAGGCAGCAGCCCUUUACCAGCCACAAGCCCUCCUGCCAUCCACCAGGACGCCCCAGGCCUCUGCAGCUGCUCCUCCAACUGUUACCUACUACCCAGCCCAGGCUGCUCAGCUUUACAUGAACUACACAGCUUACUAUCCCAGCCCUCCAGUAUCUCCUACCACGGUGGGAUACAUUGCAGCUCCCCCAGGAGCUGUGGCAGCUGCUGCCACUGCCACCCACACUCCCAUCCUGCCCCAGCCUGGAGCCUUGGUCCGGAUGCAGGGCUUGCCAUAUAACACAGGAAUGAAGGAGAUACUCAGUUUCUUCCAGGGGUACCAGCUCCAAGCAGAUUCCAUCCUCAUGCUUUAUAACUUUAGUGGGCAGCCCAGUGGCGAGGCGUUGGUGACUUUUCCAAGCCUGGAUCUAGCUAAGCAAGCAGUGGCUGAGAGAAACGGACAGCUCCUGGGCAGCUGCAGUGUACAUCUGUACCUGGUCUAACUGGACACUCUGGAGGAUGAGGAAAGGAUGCUGCACUCAACACCGUGCCUUCUGCAAAAUAAGAAGUCUUCCCUUGCCACCCAGGCAGCAACAAAUGUGCCUUUUCAGCAUAACACGUUGGAAUGCAGCCUGGUGCAUGUCCUUUUUAAUUUGAAAAAUGGCAUCUCCUAUGCCAAAGAUAAAGUGAAACCAAAAAUUGUGCAGUUAAUUUACUUAAUUUCUAAGGUACCUGUGUAAAAAGAAGCAAAGCUGCUUCUGGCAUGCAGUUAAUUCUGAAGACAGUCCAGUAUCACUUCAGCUACUGCAGCCAUGGGCAAAACUUACUCAGUAGCAUUUGAAGUGGAAAACAAUGCUUGAGUCAUUCAGAUUCUUCUGUGUUUAGUUUUUAAGAGUUUACACUUGACAAAGUGUCUCGUUCUUGUAGAGUUUAAAUGUCUUUAGAAAGGUCUUUUGGAAUGCAUGGCUUACCCAGUUCAAAGCGUAGAUCAUAUUGAUUUUUGUUUUGUUUUGUUCUUGACUGGAAAAUAUCAGGAUGCUGGAUCCAGAACCAAUUGUGUUUUUUCAUGUUUUCAUUAGAUAUUGUUUUGCAAAAGCCAUAUUUGACCUUCUUACCGGUAUACUGCUGCCAAUGUGUAAAGCAAAAAAAUAUAAUCAACAGCAAAACCAGAAAAAUCCUCUCUUCCCACCCUGCCCCCAACCCCAUAUUUUUAAUCUCUACAGGACAAAAAUGGCACAUAAACCUGAGUACUAAUAAGUUAUAUUUUUUUAUUUAAGCAUAAUAGCUUUCAGAUACUGUAUUAAAGAUUUUUGCUCUAGUUUAUGUGCAUGCAAUUUGUUUACAUCUUUAAACUACUUUAUUUGUAUAUUAUGAAACAGCAAAAUAUGUUGAAAUCUGAAUUCUCUAGUGCAUGCUUUUUUUCUUUUUCCCCUGUGUGUAUAUACAUAAGCUAGAAGAACUUUUACGUCAUGUAGCACGUGUUUAAAAAAGGACAUCUGCUGUAGAAGCACUAAAUGACUUUGUUUUUACUGUGCCUUACUUCUAAAUCAUUCCAAGUGCAAUACCAGCAGAGCAAAAUGUAAUGAAUUCUGUUGUUGACAUGUUCAUGGAUGUCUGAAUUGAUCUUUUUUUUGUUUAGUGUACAAUUUGAGUUGUACUUUAAAGAACUGAAUGAUGUAUGCUUCUUUAUAUUACAAUAAAAGAGAUGCUUACAAUGUG